GUAGACGCACUCGUCGGUCCUCGCACUCUUGGUAGCCUAGUUAACGGCACGUCUAGGACCACUCAGUGUAAAUUUCGCGCAGACGACAUGACCGACCAAGUCCCUGCCGGUUUCAAUGAAAAGUACCGCAUUGGCCGUGUCAUUGGCGAAGGCAACUUUUCCGUUGUGAAGGAGUGCACCGACCGGAAGACAGGGGAGCGGUUUGCUGUCAAGUGUAUCAACAAGGCGGCACUGAAUCCAAAGGACCGCAGCAACUUGGAGCAGGAGAUCGAGAUCCUCAAAGACCUGAAGCAUCCAAACAUUAUCAAGUUGUGCGACGUGUUUGACGGCGACGGCCCCAUGUGCUUCUUGGUGAUGGAGUACGCCGAAGGCGGAGAGCUCUUCGAUCGCAUCAUCGCCAAGGAAUACUACACCGAAGGAGAAGCAAAAAAAGUCAUGAAAGUCGUGGCAAAAGUGCUGCGAUACUGCCACGCCAAAGGUGUGACCCACCGCGACCUGAAACCUGAAAACCUGCUGUACGCGGAUGAGACUGACAGCGCCGUGAUCAAAAUUGCCGAUUUCGGGUUUGCCAAACUCGUCACAGAGGAGACAAACAUGUCUACGAUGUGCGGUACACCAGGUUACUACGCACCGGCGAUCGUCCGCAAGUUGCCGUACGACAGCAAGUGCGACAUCUGGAGUCUCGGGGUCAUCGCCUACAUUCUGUUGUGUGGUUUCCCUCCGUUCUACGAUGAGAAUCAAGUUGAGGAGAUGCGAAAAAUUCUCAACGGCGACUUCGAGUUUGUGGCGCCGUAUUUCGACGGUGUCUCGCAGCAGGCCAAGGACCUGAUUUGCAAGAUGCUCGUGGUCCAGCCGUCGAAACGUUUGACGGCUCAGGAAGUGCUGGAUCACCCGUGGUUUAAUGACAUUAAGGAAGAGGAUGACGAUGCUCCAGUGCUGUCAGUGGGCAAGAACUUGAAAGAGGCUAGGCGCCUGACUGCACGCAGUAAAUUUCGUGCCGGUGUGGGUGCAGUCCUGGCCGUGACCAAGACGCAACGACUGCUCAAGGCAGCUCGCAGCCCGCCGACGUAGAAGCAAACACUAAUGAAAAGAACCUGAUGCUGUUCUUACGCAAUACAGCACUUGGACUCUUGAACCUAGGCAAGCAUGCCGUCUAAAAUAUCUAUAAUAAAUUGGGCCAUUCAAAGUUA